GCCAAGAAACUUCUGGAAGCGGCAGUCAGAGAGUUCACUCAUGUUGGAGAUGCUUAUCCAAAUAAAAAAUCUGUGGCUAAAUAUUACUGCACAAAACUGGAAGCCCAGAUUGUAAAAGUUCACUUUAACAGCAUUUUUCAAAAGAGCCAAGAUUCCAACAAUCCCCAAGUUCUUUCAGCAAUUCUCAAAGGAUGUGAGUAUUAUGAGCACCUCUGUGGACAGUUUAUGGAACUGCAUUGCUAUCAGGAUGCUGUCACUAUUGCCAGAAAGCAUGCUAGUAUUCUGAGAAUGCUGGCUAAAGAAUCUGUGGAGAAAGAUUCAAGCCGCAUGUAUUACUUUCAGACACUGAAUCUACUCAGACAGACACUACAUUUGGCUGAACAGAUUUAUGCAGACACUCUUACAUUGUCCCCUUUAUCUGAGAUGAAAGUUGUAAACAUGCCUGUUCAGCGAAUAGUGACCGAAAUCCACAUUGAACUUGGUGAAGUCAUGACUGACGUUCUAGUAUCCCAAGAGACGCAGCGGCGGCAAGCUCAAAUACAGGAGGAGAGAAAAGCAUCCAUUAUACGCCAAGUACAGGAGUUUAUUUGGGAUCCACCUAUCUGUGAAGACAAGGAAAAGCAGUGGAUUGACUUGGGAAGAACGGCUGCUGAUGAAGCCAUGGCAUCAUUCACACUUGCUCAUAGCAUGAGUGCAGGAAAACCUUAUCUGAGAGCCAAGUCUCUGGCAGGACUAGGCCGAUUGUUGAAGGUUGUGGCAGACAGUCAUGGACCAGAUCCACCUACAAACUGGAUGGCUCAUGAUAUUGAGGCACUAAGAACUCAAUUGGCCAACGAGGAGGCUUUGUCAAAAAUAGCUGCUGAAAUGGAAAAAAUCCAAGAGCAAACAGGGAUUGAAGAAGAAGAGGCAGCAGAAGAAAACUUUGCACAACAUCAUGACUCAGUAGCAGCAGAAGGCAAAGAUGUAACAACAGCCUCAGUAGAAGUAGAUGAAGCAACUUUGAAAAAAAUGGCCAGCUGUACACAGCAGAUAACUCUGAAAAAGAAGCAGCAAGAAAUAUCACAGUUGUAUUAUAUGUGUGCCAGCGAGUGUUUAUCACAGUGCCUAAAUAUUUCCCUACAGCAACAUUUCACAGAUCUGGCUGCAAAAGCAUCUUUUGAGAUGUUUAUAUUGAUUGGACAGCAUGAUCCAUCAUCUGCAUCUCUAAUGUUGUCACUGUUUCAGAGCUGCCAGUCAUCUUUGACCAUGGAGCAGGUGCUGUUUAAAUCUCAGCCUGACCCCCUGACCUCUCAGCUAGCAGCUUUGUUGCACCAGAGGCACCAUUUACUGAAGAACGAUGCAAAGACCAAUCGCACCACAAGUCCACUUUAUAAGGAUAUCACAGUUACUCUGUUUAGUGAUUGGCAGGCCUGGAAGAGGCUAGAGAUAACACCAAACUACCUGGACAUUCUCAAGGAGGUUCCAUCCAAUUACACCCUCAUAGUCCUGCAGCAUUCUCCAGACAAAAGCCUUCUGUAUGCAGCUGUUCUUGACAAAGCAAAAACUACUGCCAUGGUUACUAAGCCAAAAAUGGGCGACAAAAAAGCAACACCUUCCAAAAUUAACAUCUUAAAAGCUUCUGCCGAGGACCUUAUUGAAGGUUUCAGUUAUGCUGGGAGAGCUCGAGUGUUUGAGACAGUUACAGAUAUCGGCCAACUGCAGCAGAUCUUGUCCAGGCUAAGUGAAUACAAACAGAAACAGCAGAGCAUGUUGUUGAAAAAAGAAUACCAGCGCACAAAGGCUGCACAGCGAGAGAAACUGUUAGAGAAUGUAGAUGAUGAUUUUAAAGCCUUCUCCAUGUCAAACCCUGAAGACACAAAUGAAGAUGCCAGAUUAGAAAUUGAGUUUUCUGAGAUCGUUGUAGCAAUGAACAACUACCUGAAACCAGUUCUGGAACCUGUCUACAAUUCUCUCAGACCUGAAAAAAGCAGACUUAUGAAGGAAACAACAUGGCGGCCUUAUUAUGGUCUCCUCUUUGGGGGAAGAUUACGGAACUCUAUAAGGGAUGACAACGUGGCCACAAACAUUGGCAGAGACUUAUCUACUGAAGGCAAAGAUAAAGAAAAAGGCUCCAGGGAACACCUUCCAAAAAAUGAGUGUUUAGUGGUGCUGGCUGAUGCAGAUUUAAUGUGCCUGCCCCUGGAGGCAAGUCAGUACUUGCAGCAGAUGGAGGGAGUUACUUCUAUAUCCAGGGAUUUCUCCCUACAGCUCUUAUGUCACCGAGCUCAGCAAGGAAAACAGGGGAAGGGUCUUGAUGUUAAGACUGAUGGCAAAAAGAAAACAUCAAAGGAAGCGAGCAAAAUGGCAUCUAGAAUAUUAUCCUUGAGGGAUGCUAAACAAAAAGCAGCUAAGAUUGUUCCCUUGGAUAGGGCUCCACAAGGCUGGCAGGCGGCAGUGAACACCCACUUCUUCAGAUACAUUGUGGAUCCCUUCCUGGAUUCAGCUGCAGUUGAAGUCAAAGCUCCACAAAAAGAGUUUGGACAGAUUCUUGAGCAGUAUGAGCAACAGUUCACCGCCCGAUGGUUGGGUAUCCAAGGAAGUGAUCACACUCCCAGUGUUGGAGAAUGGGAAAUCUACAUGACAGAAAGUAGCGCAUUUAUCUUUUAUGGGACGGAGAGACUAUUGGGAUACAUUCCCCCAUAUAAAAUGUCUGCUCUUAAUUUGACAGAUUGUAACAUCCUGCUCUCCUUUGAUAAAGCAGAGACACAGAAGAGUUUCAACAGACAGUGUAAACUGGAUACUUUGAAAAGUCCAAUAGAUUUGAGCCUCGAGUCUCCGGUAGAGACAGCAAUGCUGACCAGCUUAAGCGGCGUUAAAUGCAUUCUUCUAAAUCAGUGGAACUGUUCACUGGAAGAGAAUGCCAACAGGAUACACCAGACCAUGGCUUUUUUACUACAGAAAGGCAAGACGACAGGGCAAACAUCUUACAUGCUCCAGAAUCCUCACAAAGCAGUUUUAGAAGAGAAACUGGCUCAAGACAUGAUGGCAAAAGCCAAGGACAUGGCAGCAAACAGAGAUAAGAAAAAGAACAAGGUGGAAUUACCUGUUCCAAAAGACAAACUUAAGCCUAAAGACAAUGAGAAUAAUAAAGGUGAAGAACAGAACAAACCCCAAGAUGACGAGUUGGUAAACGAAGUUUCUACACAAGAAAAUGGAACUGUAAUUUCUAGAAGUGUUUUUAACAUGGUCUGUUUUGGGAUGCCAAAUUUGAUUGUCACACAAGAACCUUCACCAACUGAUAAACAUAUUAAAAAAUAA